AUGUCUGUUAAUCAGGACGAACGUGAGCCAUUGUUACAAGAUGAUGGCGGUGAUGGUGCAGCUUUUGCAAGAAGAAAACAAUUCUUAGAUAGAACGACAAAACUAGGCAUAAUUUUAGUCUUACUCAUUUGGGGUACUAUUCUACUUUUGAAAAAUAUACCUAAAUUAACUAAUGACGGCAAUAAUGAUAAGAAAAAUCAACCUCCUCAUAGAAAAUUCAAAUUACCGAAUCCAAAUGUCACUGAAGAUGGACUAUCAAAAAUUCUUUAUGAAAACAUUAAAAAUGAGACUUUCAAACCAGUCUUCCAUUCCUUGCAAUGGAUCAGUAACUCGGAUGAUUCCAAUAGCCAUGAUGAUAAGGGUUUGUAUGUUGCCACAAUUAACGAUUCUUAUGUUAUUAAAUCUGUAUUUGAUAAAGAUUAUUCCCAAACUUUAUUAGAAAAUAAGCAAUUCAGUUAUUCUGGUGAAAAUCUAACAGUAGAUUAUUUUAGUGCUUCACCUGAUUUGAAAUAUCUGUUGAUUAGAACAAACAGUAAGAAAAAUUGGAGACAUUCCUCAUUCGGUACAUUUUUCAUCUACGAUAAAGACGCAGAAGAAGAGAAGAAAUUUCAUAAAUUAGGUGAUAACAUUGCACUUGCACAAUGGUCACCAAAUUCCAUUGAUAUUGCCUAUGUUCAAAAUAAUAACAUUUAUCUAUAUUCAGUUGCUGAAUGUAAGAUUACCGCAACAAUUACAGAUGAUGGUAAUUCUCGUAUUUUCAAUGGUAAACCAGAUUGGGUUUAUGAAGAAGAAGUGCUAGAAACUGAUAGAGCAUUAUGGUGGUCACCUAAAGGAGAUUAUUUAGCAUUUUUCAAGACCGAUGAGACAAAGGUAGAAGAAUUUACAAUACCAUAUUAUGUUCAGAAUCCUGAUGAUAUUUACCCUGAGAUGAGACCAAUAAAAUAUCCUAAAAGUGGAACACCAAACCCUACUGUCGAUUUAUGGAUUUAUAAUUUGGUCGAUCAAUCUAGUCAUCCUACUGAUGUGAAUUUGCAGCAUAUGCAUGCCGAAUCCCCGGUGCUAAUUACUGAAGUUAAAUGGAUCAAUAAUGAAAGUUUAAUCGCCAAGAUAUCUGAUAGAUCUUCAGAUAUUUUGAAAGUUUUAUUAAUUGACGCAGAUUUGAAGAAAACUGAAAUGGUUAGAGAAAAUCCAUCAGAAGGUGGUUGGUGGGAAAUUACACAUAAUACAAUGCCUAUCCCUAAAGAUAGCUCCCAUAAUAGAUCAGAACACGGAUAUAUUGAUAUUUUUCCGAUUAAUGGUUUCAAUCAUCUAGUUUAUUAUUCUCCUGCAACAUCCAAUGAACCUAUUGUAUUGACUAAUGGAUCUUGGGAAGUGGUUAGUGGACCUUUAGCUUUUGAUGCUGAAUUAAAUCGUGUUUACUUUAUUGCCACCAUUGAAUCAUCCUCAACCCAAAGACAUUUAUUUUAUGUGGAAUUGAAUAAUCCACAAGAAAUUAUUCAAGUUAGUGAUGUCAAGAAUGGUGGUGUGUAUAGUGCUUCAUUUUCAUCUGGAUCAAAAUUUGCUUUACUCACAUACAGAGGCCCUAGGUUACCAUAUCAAAAGAUCAUUGACUUAAGGUCAAAAGAAAGGGAUCAAGAAAUUGAAGGUAAUGUCAUUGGUGAAACAUUAUAUUAUUUAGAGAAAAAUGAGAAAUUACAGGAAAUCUUAUCGGAAUAUGAUAUCCCACAAAAGAAAGUUAAACUUUUAAAUUUGGGUAAAGAUGAUGAUGGUGAUAACAUUAUAGCGAAUGCAUUUGAAAUUCUACCUAAUGGUUUCAAUCCUGAUUUGCAAGAUUAUUAUCCUGUAUUCUUUUAUGCCUACGGUGGACCUAACUCUCAACAAGUUCAAGAAUCAUUUUCUGUCGGGUUCAAUGAGGUAGUUGCGUCACAGCUAGGUGCUAUUGUAGUAGUCGUUGAUGGCAGAGGUACUGGUUUUAAAGGUAAGAAGUUUAGAUCGUUAGUCCGCGAUAACCUUGGUGAAUUUGAAGCCAUCGAUCAAAUAGCUGCAGCUAAACAAUAUAGUGCGAAAUCAUAUGUUAACUCAGAAAAGAUUUCAUUAUUUGGAUGGUCAUACGGUGGCUAUUUGACAUUAAAAGUUUUGGAAAGAGAUGGGGGAGAAACUUUCAAAUAUGGAAUGGCAGUAGCACCUGUAACUGAUUGGAGACUAUAUGAUACUGUUUAUACUGAACGUUAUAUGCAUACACCACAAGAGAAUAUUGAAGGUUAUAUCAAAUCAAGUGUUCAUGAUGUUCUACCAUUUAAAGAAGUUAAAAGAUUCUUAGUUAUGCAUGGUACUGGUGAUGAUAAUGUUCAUUUUCAAAAUACAUUAAAAUUCUUGGAUUUGUUGACUGUAAAUGAAGUUAGGAAUUUUGAUGUCCACGUCUUUGCAGAUUCCGAUCAUGCUAUUAAGUAUCAUAAUGCCAAUGCUGCAGUUUUCACAAGAUUAUUGAAUUGGGCAGCCGAUGCCUUCACCGGAAGAUUUGAGUACGAUAAUGAAAGAAGAUAG